CAAGACGUCAAGUGAAGACGUACCUACAUUAUGGACGGGAACGUCGGGAUUGACGUGAAUGGCAUGGGGAUGAUGGACUAUGGAAUGGGUGCGAUGCCGAUGAUGCCUGGUGCCGACCCCACAGGCGGCUUCAUGGACCAACUGCAGGACGGUAACAAGGCCGCGAUCGGUCUGGACGCCGCUGCAUUUGAUCUCGACCUCACAGGCAAGGCACAGAACCGGAACCGAGGCAACUACCGCUGCAGCAAGUGCGGUGAACCCAAGAAGGGCCACGUGUGCCCGCUGGUGCCGUCCAACUACAAGUGCAACCGCUGUGGUCUCACGAAAAAGUCGUGCUCCUGCUCUGCACCGACAAUGCGAACAAUUGGCGUGCAGGUGGAGCUGGAUGAGGAUAUGACCACAAGAAAAUUGGAUCUGAGUGUGCAGGGUGUCAUGGAGUUCCAUAAGACGAUUGUGGGCUAUACUACUCCCCCGAACAGCUCGUGAUAAGAGACAGCUUCGUAGCUGCGAUGUCUUAGCAGAACAAGCUGCUCGAUUUUGUCCACAGUCUUCUUUUAGACUGUUAUUUUGUGCAUAUCUCGCUGCUUUUAUCGAUAUCAUGUAUUUUACGUCGUGU